UCUCUCUCUCUCUCUCUGCGGCGGCCGCUCAUCACACAGUCAGGACCACAGGACCGAGCCGAGCCGAGCCGGGACAUCUAUCGAAUAAAGGCACCAUGACAGAAACGAGCAAAACCCACGUCAUCCUGUUGUCCUGCGGCAGCUUCAACCCCAUCACUAAAGGACACAUCCAUAUGUUCGAAAAAGCCAGAGAGUAUCUGCACAAAACCGGACGCUUCAUCGUGAUCGGAGGCAUCAUCUCACCGGUGCACGACUCCUACGGGAAGCCUGGUCUGGUGUCCAGUAAACAUCGUCUCACCAUGUCCCAGCUGGCGGUUCAGUCCUCAGACUGGAUCAGGGUGGACCCCUGGGAGUGUUACCAGGACACCUGGCAGACGACCUGCAGCGUGCUGGAGCAUCACCGGGACCUCAUGAAGAGAGUCACCGGCUGUAUUCUGUCCAACGUCAACACGCCAUCCACCACUCCUGUGAUUGGUCAGCCACAGAACCAGACUCCUCCCAUCUACCAGAACCACAACAGUAUGAAUCACAAACCCAAUGCCAUCAAACUGUGGGGGAAGGUCAGUGAGAGUUUGGGGAAGAUCUGCUGCGUCCGUCCUCACAUCGAUCGUUUCACCUUCGUCGAUGAAAACGCGAACCUGGGCACCGCCAUGAGGUACGAGGAGAUUGAGUUACGCAUCUUGCUCCUGUGUGGCAGUGACCUCCUGGAGUCCUUCUGCAUCCCUGGCCUGUGGAAGGACAGUGAUAUGGAGGUGAUCGUGGGCGACUUUGGGAUCGUGGUGGUUCCUCGUGACGGAGCCGACACAGAGAGGAUCAUGAACCACUCGUCUGUUCUCCGCAGAUACAAGGACAACAUCAUCGUGGUGAAGGACGACCUGAACCACCCGCUGUCCAUCGUCAGCUCCACCAAGAGCAGACUGGCGCUGCAGCACGGUGACGGACACGUCGUGGAUUAUCUGACUCAGCCCGUCAUCGACUACAUCCUGCAGAGUCAGCUGUACAUCACCGCCUCGGGAUAGAGACACCGACCUGAACUGCAUGAAAACAUGGAGAGUGUGUGUGAGAGGGGGGGGGGGUCCAUUCAAUUACAAACUAUAUAUAUCUAUAUCUAUAUAUAGAUAUAGAUAUAUAUAUAUACAGGGUGGAGGUUAUCGUGAUGACAGCAUUUUGUCACUCGAAGUCUUAACGGAUAAGACGACUGUAUCAACGCCGACGAGCUUCAUGCAAGAACAACUCCGAAGUAAAAAAAAAAGUGAAAGAGGCCAAAACUUGGGACGUUGGAAAUUUGAAAAUGAAAAAAGUCUCUUUACAAAGAAACAACAAAUCUGACCUGAGGGAAGAGGAGUCGUUCACAUGUUCACCAGCAGGGGACUCCAGCUUCACUCGAGACACAGAGGGCUCUCGUCACCAGGUUCUCAUCACGCUCACAAACUUACUUUCUUCUUUAUCGUCACAUCAUCUCUUUUUCUGAACCUGUGAGUUUAAAGUCAAUCAUCUGUUCACUGAUCUGACUCAACAUCUGUAAACAUCUGUGAACACUGUCAGUCAGAGAGCAGCUGGUGAACAUGUGGAGCCAGAUGUUUCCCUCAGGAGGUGGUGGAGACCAAACACAGAGGAGAUAAUUAACAUCUCAGGUGUCGAAUGUGACUCAACGUAAACUUCACGUCUUCUUGCAUGAAGCCCGUGGGUUUGGUUUUUUUCGGACAUCACUUGUACACGUCAACAGCAGUUCGAACCGCCGCUUCAUCAGAGCUCAGCAUGUGCUAAACCACAGGUAACCAUAGCAACAGUGCAGCUGCUUCAGGCUCCGCUCGCAGUCAAGUGAGCGGCGAAAAGAACCGAACCUAUGAACACUGUGUCAAAGAUUUAACAGACGUUUCCAUGAUGAAGAUGAUGAUGAAGAAGGGAACUUUUCUAAACCUAAUCCUCAGCAGCAGUGUUGUUGCUGUUGUCGUUGUUGUGAGUGUGUUCUUCAUCACUCGCUCUGUUAGCCUGCAUGCGUAGAGUCUGGUUCUAGCAUGAUGUUAAAAUCACUCUGUCGUGAUCGUGUUUCAAAAAAAAUCUAAAUAUCUCUAAUAAACUGUGGGAAUCAUCGGCACCCACUUUUUCUAUUCACGCUGUAAAUGAUCUGUGUGUGUGUGUGUGUGUGUGUGUGUGUGUGUGUGUGUGUGUGUGUGUGUGUGUGUGUGUGUGUGUGUGUGUCUUUCUAUGGUUGUGAGGACUUUUUGUCAGGUCCUGUUUGAGGGUCCAGAUCUGAUUCUAGUUUAGGGUCAUAGGUCAGACUUCGAUCUCUGAUUGUAAAAGUCAGAUUUACCCUCAGUUCACUCGGGGGGGGGUCCCCCUACAGGUAGGAGGUGUAAUUCAGAAACUCAGUUAGAGAUCAUUUAAUGACGUCGUAUUAAAUUCAACAGCACAAUAUUGUGGUUUCAGUAUUAAUUUGAAGGACCAACAACAUUUUACACAACAACAGACAAUAAACACCAACUUACAUUGUGUUCCACAUUACUGCAUCAGAACAUCUCUGUUCUAAAAGUGAAAUCUAAUCUUAUAAAAAUGCUUCUGUGCUGCUCUCAAAAUGUUACUCAAGAAAAUGACAUGAAAUAAAACUCUUUCCCCUUGUAGUUACACCCCUUGUCAGCAGGGGGUGCUGCCGCCCCCUCAGCACCCCUACUUCCAGUGUCCUUGCUGUGAUUAAUGUUCAUAUGAAUGUUGUAAAUACUAGUUCACUGGUUCACAUGUGUAUUUGUCAACAAGCUGACAGAAAUGGAACCGACAACCUCUGAAGACGAGAAUCAUGUGACAGGAUUUUAGUCAAAUAUGAUGAAAACUUUGAUUUGUUGUCACAAUUAAAUGUAAAACAACAAAAAGAAUGAAAGCAUCAGAGGAGCGAUGCAUACCCUGAAUGCUCAUUGUAUACAACCCACUAUUUACAAACUGUAUACAUAUAUGUAUAUGAUAUCAUUUAUACACUAUAAUACGAUAUUUGUUCAACCAGUGUUUUGCUCUGUGUGCAGCUUUACUCUUUGCAAACCGAUCAUCGUUAGAACAUCCAUAAAGUCUUUACUGUCCUCAGGAUUCAGGAUGUGUCGUCCUCCAGGUCUGAUCAGCUCCGAAAGUUAUUGUUGAUUAACUGUUAUCGUUCAACAUCAAGUAAAAACUGCUCCGAUCUUCA